AUGGUAGAAAGCUUUACGAACUGCAUAAAAAACGCACAGAAUGCAAGCCUGGAGGUACAUGCAGGCACCCCAAGAAUGCAACCCUACUGGUGGAACGAAAUCAUAAAUAGAAUAAGGAAAGAAUGUAAUGCAGCAAGAAGGAAACUGUCAAGAUCUAGAACAAGAAAAAACAACGUAGUGACUACGCGAUUAGAAGACGAAUAUACAAAGUCUAGAAAAGACUUGAAAGAGGAAAUUAAAAAGCGAAAAGAGAAAGUUGGAAGAACCUUUGUGCUCAACUUGAACAAGACGUCUGGGGACAAGGCUACAAACUAG